GAGAGGAGAGACGCACAUUGUACUUUGUGCUGGAGAAAAAGGGGAAGCGCGCCGCUCCUCUCCAUCACGUUUCACUUUUCAAACACUGACGGGGAAACAAAGGAGUCAGGAUGUAAAAAAAAAAAAAAAAAAAAAAAAAAUCCGUCAGAGGACGUCCACGAAUCCCGCUGCAGACCGUUUCCUCUGAGUCUUGUGGUCCCACACACUCGUUCAUCCUGCUCCAUCAGCCGCGUUUUGGCGCUCUGCUCGGUGCCGGAGUCUGCCCACCGACCGACCGACAGGGAGAGGAGAGGAGAGGUGCUGCUCGCUGCUUCAUCCCGCUGGAUGGAUCCUCUCACUUGUUAACUGAGGACUCGAUCUUUAGGGAAACUCUGAUUCUGUUUGGAAGAGUUGGGAUUUUGUUCCCCCCUCCACUUUUACCGAUGUCAGUUGAUUUUGUGGAGAGUCGGCUCUGAAGGUGAGGAGGACUACUUUGAAGACUUCACGAUGGCGGCAGGAGUAGCAGCGUGGCUCCCUUUUGCCAGGGCAGCAGCCAUCGGCUGGAUGCCCGUCGCCAACUGCCCCAUGCCUGUUGCCCCGAAGGACAACAGUAAGAGACAGGACGAACUGAUCAUCCUCAAUGUUAGCGGCCGUCGCUUUCAGACCUGGAGAACCACUCUGGACCGCUACCCCGACACCCUGCUGGGCAGCUCUGAAAAAGAUUUCUUUUACAAUGAGGAAAUCAAGGAGUACUUCUUUGACCGGGACCCUGAUGCCUUCAGAAGCAUCCUCAACUUCUACCGGACAGGGAAGCUCCACUACCCUCGCCACGAGUGCAUCUCAGCCUACGAUGAAGAGUUGACCUUCUUCGGCAUCAUCCCCGAGAUCAUCGGCGACUGCUGCUAUGAAGAGUACAAGGACAGGAAGAGGGAGAAUAUAGAGCGACUGCAGGAUGAUCAGGAGGAGAACAAGGACAUGAAGCUGCCCAACAUGAACUUCAGGGAGACCAUGUGGCGGGCCUUUGAGAACCCCCACACCUCCACCAUGGCCCUGGUCUUCUACUAUGUCACUGGAUUCUUCAUCGCCAUCUCGGUCAUCACUAAUGUGGUGGAGACGGUGCCCUGUGGUUCCACUGCCAACCAGAAGGACAUGCCAUGUGGUGAACGCUACACUGUGGCGUUCUUCUGCAUGGACACCGCCUGCGUCAUGAUAUUCACAGUGGAGUACCUGUUGCGCCUGUUUGCCGCGCCUAGCCGCUACCGUUUCAUGCGCUCGGUGAUGAGCAUCAUCGACGUGGUGGCCAUCUUGCCGUACUACAUCGGCCUGGUGAUGACCAACAACGAGGACGUGAGCGGCGCCUUCGUGACGCUGCGCGUGUUUCGAGUGUUCCGCAUCUUCAAGUUCUCCCGCCACUCGCAGGGCCUGCGGAUCCUGGGUUAUACACUCAAGAGUUGUGCUUCAGAGCUGGGCUUCCUCCUCUUCUCACUCACCAUGGCCAUCAUCAUCUUCGCCACGGUCAUGUUCUACGCAGAGAAGGGCUCCAGCUCCAGCAAGUUCACCAGCAUCCCAGCCUCCUUCUGGUACACUAUUGUCACCAUGACGACGCUGGGGUAUGGAGACAUGGUGCCAAAGACGAUCGCCGGGAAGAUCUUCGGCUCCAUCUGCUCCCUAAGCGGUGUGCUGGUGAUUGCUCUGCCCGUCCCCGUUAUUGUCUCCAACUUCAGUCGCAUCUACCACCAGAACCAGAGAGCGGACAAACGGCGGGCUCAGAAGGUAAAAAAAGCCAGACUGGCCAGGAUAAGAAUAUCCAAGUCCGGCAGCGCCAACGCCUUCCUCCAGAGCAAACGCAACGGACUGCUCAACGAGCUGCUGGAGCUGACGACAUCAACCAACUUUCUACUUUAUAAAGAUACAGAAGAGGAUGAGCAGAAGCUGACUAAGUCCACCUCUCUGUUAGAGAGUCAACACCACCACCUACUGCACUGUCUGGAGAAAACCACUGCUCAUGAGUUUGUCGACGAGCAGAUGUUCGAGCAGAACUGUUUAGAGACGGCGCUGCAGACCUACCCGUCACGCAGCCCCUCUAUAUCCAGCCACGACAGCUCUGUGGGUACCUGCUGUGGCCGCAGGGUGAAGAGAAACACUCCUCUGCCCAACGCCAGCCUGUCCUCCACCCACCCUGUCCCAACACACCAGAGCCCCCUGCAGGAGCUCAGUGCCAUCCACAUACAGUGUGGUGAUCCACCGUCACACACCGCCAGUCGUUCGAACCUCAACCUGAAAACUGAUGAAAGCGGCAGAAUCAAUUGCAAAAGCAGCCGAAUCACCACAGCGAUCAUCAGCCUGCCUUCACCCCCCGCUCUGACCCCUGAUGCCGAUGGCCUCCGCGGACCCCUACAGAGGAGGCCGCCCCCACCGCCGGGUCACCCAGCAGCACCGAGCAUCCAGACCACAACAAGCUCAGCUGGCACCAACAUCGUCAAAGUCUCUGCUCUGUGACUCUCCGGCUGACAGAGGCAUCUCAGCUCAGCAGGAGGAAAGCAACCAGGAAGAAGAAGAGGAGGAGGAGGAGGAGGAGGCGAAGCAGGUUACACUACCUUUAUGGACGCACCAUGUCCCGUCUCACAGGGUCAACAGGAAGAGAGCGCUGUACUCCAGAGGAGUUUUGGAGAAGACAGAUGAUGGAGACAUUUCUGAGGUAGAGGACUGUAGAUAUGUGAAGCGAGAGUCAGGCACUCGUCAUGUCGUGUAUGUACUGUAGAUACGGACAGAGUCGCUGCAUUUCUAAUAGUUUCUAACAGCAGUACAGAUGUUUUACAGCGAGUACUGUGGAAAAGAUUCAAAGACAAUGUGCAAUUAAUAUAUCUGUACAUCAGCAGAAGCUGUCGACAUACCACAAAUUCACAGUAAGUUAAAGUGAAUUCACAGUGAAAUAGUGAAAAGGAGAUUUUGUUGACUUUAAAUGUGUUGAAGAAAGACGAAGAAAGUAUUGACCGUGUUUACUUGAAUUUGAUUGGUCUCGUUUGUGUUACGUGUUGUUUGUCUGAAGUAUUUUGAGGGAAAAAAAAACUACUUUAGUUUUCUUCACAGCAUCAUUUGAAAAGUCACGAAACAUACGAUGCUGCUAAUAUCAUAUCGCUGAAAUGUGAUGUGUCGGAGAUGGAAAACACUGUAUUUUUUGUUUAAAACUGUAUCUAUUCAUCGUGUCAAAGACUCAAAACAAGCAGUGCUUUUUAGUUGUUUCAUGUUUAAAGUAGAAACUGACAACUUUUCAACUUCUUACCCCCCCUAGUGUUUCCAAGUGAGAUUAUUGUUGGUGUCACUGUCGCGAAGACAACCAGAUCACUUUCUGUUUCUCAGAGCUUAGCAAAUAAUCAAGACUGUCCUCAUCCAAAAUACGACCACACAAGUCGUUUGUAUAAGCAGCAAAUACGACCCAUAUUUACAUUUGUUGUAAGGCAGCGACCUCUAGUGGCCACAGCAGGAGCAAGUGAGGUGAGAUAGUAUAAGGAGCAGAGAGUCUGAAUAACGUGGGUCAAACAAACACAGGAUUUUAAUCUAGAUGACCGGUGUUAGUGUCUGGUGUGAUGAAUGUCAUGUGACUUUGGAUACGGUUAUGUUAGUAACAAACU